AUGAGAAAAGCUGAAUCAUCAGCAUCGCUCGAUUUACCAACUACUUCAGAUCAUUUAGUUUUAACAUCUACUUUAAAUCCAGAACAGGAACCUAGUUCUUUAUCGAAGUUGACAAGGCGCAUGGACAUUAUUCCUACGCCAAACAGACCACAGAUAUUAGUUAACUCUAAUGUCGUUCAACCUAUUAAAGCUGAUGAAAGUACACUUAUGACGACCAUUAUUGCUACAGAAGCACAUGCUUCAUCUAAUAAUAAUCAUAUUUUACAUGAGAAUCAACAUGAUGUUUUAGAAACAUCAAAUUUAGUUCAUAGUGAACAACAUCAACUUGAUCAUAAGAGCAAUACUGAAGGAGAUGAUAAUACUUUUGAUUCUUUUAUUUGUGAGAAUUUUGUUCCUUUUUCAGGAACCGAACCACUUAAUCAGUGGUUAGAUCAGACUGACGCUAUGUUUCGUCGCUUUAAAAUUUCACGUUAUCUUCGCUUUCAAGCUAUUCCGCUUUUAGUACAAGAUAAUGCUAAACGUAUAUACAUUAAAAAUCGUCACUCUAUUACAUCUUACGAUGAUUUUUAUGUAUUUCUACUGGAUAAUUUCGAUACAAGUGUAACUAAACUUAAUACAGCCAAAAGUAGUUUAGCUGAAGAUCACGUUGAAUUUUCUAAAGAUUCUGAGCACAUCAAUAAUAAAACCACAAAUUCUAAAUCAGCUUUCGGACAUACAACCGAUGUCACACAACAGCUAAAGUCAUGCUUUUCUAAUUUUUCGAAAUUUGAACCUAAUGAUACCGCCACAAUAACUGGUGAUGUAUCAGAUUCUAAGUUAAUUGGCAAUACCUCAGUAACUACUUGUUCAUCAUCUGAUGCAGUAACUCGCGAUCUUCGUAAAGCCAUCAUGUCUGAUUUCAUUAAGAAUCCGAGAAUAUUUCGAGGCGGCAAAGACAGUGUUAAGAAAUGGAUCGAGGAUAUUGAAUAUCUUAUGGAAAUUGCGCGUGUGCCUGAGUCCACUCGAUUGGAUUUGAUUCCGUUUGCACUCAGAUCAGAUGCACUAGAGUGGUACAAGAAUAACAAAAGCACACUUACGUCUUGGACUAAAUUUUUAGAAGAGAUAAGAAAAACCUUUCUAUCAUCUUUUAGUGAAGAAAUGGCAUUCAAGUCACUCGAAUCUUACUCACAGGGAGAACAUCAGUCAGUUCAAAAUUUUUUUAAUGAGGUUGUAAAAUUGUGUAAAGAAGCCGAUCCAAACAUGAGCGAUUCUACUAAACUCAAAAAUCUGUUGAAUAAGAUAAAACCUACUAUUCAAUAUGAAGUUCGAAAAAAGAAGCCUAAAUCUAUUUCAGAAUUUUUAGAAUUUGCCAAGGAGGCAGAAGAACUUCUUCAGUUAACUGUUUCUACUAUUAAUAUUAAUAGUGCGCCUCGCUCAGUAACAUCAGUUAGUUUUCAUACCGCAAAAAAUUCGUUAAAUAACACGUCAUCGAAUUCUUCGCAAAAUUUCAACAACGAUCGUAAUUUAUAUAAGGAUAAAAAUUUUCGAGCUGAUUCGCUACCGUCAUCAGUUGCGUACAAUUCUUCAUAUUCUCCUCGAUAUGAUCGUACAGCAUCAAAGUACACUUCUGGAAAUUUUCGACCUAAUCAGAACAAGUCAUUUGCUUCAGCUAAUUAUGCUAACAAUAGUUAUACUAAUAAUAAGAAGUUUGCAUUACAGCAUCGAAAUAAAUUUUCACAUAAUACACCGAAAUCGCAGUCAAGUUCUGCUAACGUAAUUCUUUCUUCAAAUUCAUCAUCUUGUGAUAAUAAUUUGGAUGAAUCUUUUCUUGCUACUAUAUGCGAUAUUUGUCAGGAAUCGGGCCACGAGGCUUCGACCUGUCAAAAUUUUCAAUAG